AGGAGCUUCCCUUGCAGUGGCCGAGAGAGAGGGCAAUGCAGAGACAAGCAUGGCUCUGUUUCCUUCUCCCAGCUUCUGCCUGCUUCUCCUCUUGGGGGUUUGCUCAGGGUGCCAGCAUCCCAUCUGCCAGUGCUCGGACAAGAUGGUGUUCAUCUGCCAGGAAAGCAAGGUGACUCAUGUGCCGCAGGACAUCCCCAGGAAUGCCACUGAACUGAUAUUUUUCCUCACCAAAAUAAGAAUCAUCCCAAAAGGAGCUUUCUCGGGAUUUGACGAAGUUGAAAAAAUAGAAAUCUCUCAGAAUGACGCCUUGGGAACUAUAGAAUCGGAUGUGUUCUCCCACCUUCCAAAACUCUAUGAAAUAAGGAUUGAGAAAGCAAACAAUCUUGUGUAUAUUGAUAGACAUGCCUUCCAGAAUCUCCCCAAUCUCAGAUAUUUGUUGAUAUCAAACACUGCCAUCAGGUUUUUACCUGUCAUUAACCAGGUACAUUCUUCCCUGAAAGUUGUGCUUGAUAUCCAAGACAACAUAAAUAUACAUAAAAUUGAAAGAAAUUCUUUCCUGGGCCUGAGUUCCGAUCGUGUCGAUAUAAGGCUGAAUAAAAACGGAAUCUGGGAAAUUGAAAACCAUGCCUUCAAUGGGACCAUUUUGUCUGAACUAAAUUUGAGUGGUAAUUACAACCUAGAAAAAUUACCUAAUGAAGUUUUCCAAGGAGCUGAUGGACCAGGUUUUUUGGAUAUUUCAGAGACAAGGAUCAGCCAGCUGCCCAGCAUUGGACUGGAAAACAUUAACAAGCUGAUAGCAAGAUCUACCUACAACUUAAAAAAACUACCUCCCUUGGACAAGUUCCGCUCCUUGAUUGAAGCGAACCUCACCUAUCCAAGCCACUGCUGUGCAUUCGCAAACUGGACAAAACAAAAUUCUAUAUUACACCCCAUAUGCAAUAAGUCAUCUCUCAGGCAAGAUCCUGAUGGGACAGAUUUUGACCUGGAUGAAAAUGAUUACUACCACACCUUGUGUAAGGAAGAGGUUCAAGUCACUUGCUUUCCUGAACCUGAUGCCUUCAACCCGUGCGAAGACAUCAUGGGCUACAAUAUUCUCCGAGUUCUCAUCUGGUUCAUCAACAUCCUGGCAAUCAUGGGUAACCUUGUCGUCUUCAUCAUCUUAGUCAGCAGUCAAUAUAAGCUCACGGUCCCUCGAUUCCUAAUGUGCAAUCUUGCAUUUGCAGACCUGUGCACUGGCAUCUAUUUAUUGCUGAUCGCCAUCAAAGACAUACAGACCAAAAGUCAAUAUUACAACUAUGCCAUAGACUGGCAAACCGGUGCCGGUUGCAACGCAGCUGGCUUUUUCACCGUCUUUGCCAGUGAACUUUCCAUUUACACUCUGACCGUCAUCACUUUGGAGCGAUGGCACACCAUCACCUAUGCCAUGGAACUGGACCGCAAAGUCCGCUUCCGACAUGCCAUGGCCAUUAUGUUUGUGGGAUGGGUCUUUGCCUUCACUGUGGCCAUCCUUCCCAUAUUUGAAGUCAGCAGCUAUAUGAAAGUCAGCAUCUGCCUACCCAUGGAUAUAGAAACUCCCCUUGCCCAGGCAUAUAUCAUGUUUCUCUUGGUAUUGAACAUUCUGGCCUUUGUCAUCAUCUGCACUUGCUACAUUAGCAUCUACUUCACUGUGAGGAAUCCCAACGUCUUCUCUUCCAACAGCGACACCAAAAUUGCCAAACGCAUGGCCAUACUGAUCUUCACAGACUUUCUCUGCAUGGCGCCAAUCUCCUUUUUUGCCAUAUCAGCAUCCCUCAAGGUCCCUCUCAUCACCGUGUCCAACUCAAAGAUCCUUCUUGUUUUGUUCUACCCCAUCAACUCGUGUGCCAACCCUUUCCUGUAUGCCAUCUUCACCAAGACUUUCCGUAGGGAUUUUUUCAUUUUGCUGAGCAAAUUUGGCUGCUGCGAAAUGCAUGCUCAGAUUUACCGAACGGAAACCUCGUCCUCUGUUCAUACCUCUCAUAUGAAAAAUGGGCAUUAUACAUCUGCUCCUAAAACCAGCGAUGGAACUAUUUAUUCUUUAGUCCCUCUGAAUCAUGCAAACUGAAUCAGAACAUUCAUAGUUUUAUGUCAUAAAAUAUCCAAAGGUGACUGAUCCAUACUUCCUUGGGGAGGCAAAGGCAAUUACAAAGGAAGACAGAAGCUUCUGCCUGAUCUCUUCCCUCCACUUACUAAGGAUGUGCUAGAAUUCUGCCCAGUUCAGAUUUGGUACUGAAAAUUUCCAUUCAUUUGCUUAUUCUCAGUCACUGAGGAUCAGAUUUUAAUGUAGCAAAUUUCUGCGGCUAUUUUUGAAAACAGGCCUUUAAAAAAACAUCAAUUGUAAGAAUGAUAUUUUAUUGCUAUUUCCUUUUAAAAUAUCAAUAUUUCCUUCAAAAUAUUGAUAUUUCCUUUUAAAAUAUCUAUAUUAAUAUCAAAACAUUUUUGAGGGGGGGAAAACCAGUUUGGUAAAUGCAGCAAGUAGCAGACACCGAACGAACUUGAAUUGAUGCCAGCCUGUGGAUCCCAUCCCUAUCACUCACAUUCCCAGAUAUGCCAAACCAACAGAGUUAAGUGUUCUUCGGCUAAAUGGAUUAGGUAUGCCUACCUUUCUGUUGUAUUGUGGCUGGAGUGUCUUGAUUUGCCAAGUGGUCAAACACGUUUUGCAAUGAACUCCACCAACAUUGAUUUUCAGUGCUAAGUGAUCAAUCUUCUGUUUUUCCUUACCUGGUAUCCCCUCCCCCGCAAUGGUCUGCCAGCUUAUUUAGCGAGCACAUGAAGCUGUUUUGUAUCAAGUCAGGCCACUGGACCAUGUGUCCCAGUGCUAAAUAAUUCAGAGGUGGGCAACCAGUGGCCCUCCAGAUGUUGUAGGACUCCAACUGCCAUCAACCUGAGCCAGCAUGGUCAGGGAUGACGGGAGUUGUAGUCCAACCACAUCUCACCAUUGGUUGCCCACUCCUUAUCUACUGCAAUUGGCAAAAUCUCAGGCAACUGUCUUUCCAAGUGGUUCUGCUACUGAAGAACUGGAAAUGCCAACGACUGAACCAAGGACCAUCUACAUGCAAAAUGUGUGCUCUCUAGCACUGAUUUAUGGCCUUUCUACUUGGUAAUAAAUGUGAAGCACCACUGGGUUUCAUCAUUUCAGGCAAGGCACCGGUUCAGUGCUCCCUGCACUAUGAGAACCACAGGUCCUUGCUUCCCCCUCUUUUUUUUUCCAUCUCCUGGUCCCCAUCACCCAAACCAAGGACAAGAGUGGCUCUUCCUUUCUGAACCAUCCAUUUCUUGGUAAUGUUUGGAUAGCUCAGAGUCUCACUUUGCUAGAUGUGACUUAGAAGAUGCACACCUAGAAUCUUCUCCAUUUUUAAAAACUAAAAACAGCCAGGGGGUGGGGAUUGGAUUGGGCUAUGGUGGGGGGGAGGGGUUAACCCUUUCUUCCUAUGCCAUUUUCCUGAUUUAAAUCCCCUUCCCUCCAAACUACUAUUUGCCCACAGGGAAAAUAAACAGAUAUCAAAUAGAUACAUGUAUGUUCUCUCUUCCGGGACAAACCAGUAGCAGGCGGGGGGGUUAGAUUGGAAAAAUGGUGUUGAAGUAAAGGAUUAAUUCACACACACACACCAGCACUAUGAAGUUGAUGUGUCUCACAACUUCUUUUAAGUUAAAAAAAAUACUGGGAGAUCAUGACCACAGAUCUCCCAUGUCUUAUGUAUUCUCUUGACUUGGGAGGGUCACAGGACCAAAGUUUGAAAAUAAUUGAGUUAAACUGAUGGUGGGAUGUUUUCAAGUGUGAAUUCGUAAACUUACUUUACUGAAGGCAGACGUGAUUAGUUUACAUGUAAAGGUGAAUGUACCUAAUAUGCACUUCCAAAACAAUGCAAAUACCGAAACACAGCCAUGCUUUGAAAUUUGUCCUUCUCUGAAUUUUGCAAUGCAGUUCUCUCGCCAAGUUUGUAUACAAAAAUGCCUAUACUGUAGAAGGGUAAAGUAUGCAUAAAAAUCUAUUACUAAAAAUAAAACUAAAAUGCAUCCUUUUAGGGGAAAUUGCUUUGCAAAUGUGUGUAUAUUAGGCAAAACUGCAUAUAAAUAUAUGUAUAUUAGAAAAAACGUACACUAAAAUGCUGAUGUAUUUUCAUGAGGACUUUGGGAAAAAAUCAUAAACUGAUGUGGAAGUAUGGAGAAUUGAAACUGACAGAAACUGAAAUUAACAGAUUCACCCAUCCCUACUGAAUGUGUAUUAAUGGGUGGGGAAAGAUCCCAUUUUCUACUGUAUUUCAUAUUUUCAUAAAUGGUCAGAUGGAUGAAACAUCAAAUAAAAUCUUGGUUUGUGGUG